AUGGUAGUCAAUAUGGGACCUCACCACCCAUCAAUGCAUGGUGUUCUUCGACUUAUUGUUACUCUAGAUGGUGAGGAUGUUAUUGAUUGUGAACCAUUAUUGGGUUAUUUACACAGAGGGAUGGAAAAAAUUGCGGAAAAUCGAACAAUUAUACAAUAUCUGCCUUAUGUAACACGUUGGGAUUAUUUAGCUACGAUGUUCACAGAAGCAAUAACCGUAAACGGACCAGAACAGUUGGGAAAUAUUCAAGUACCCCAAAGAGCCAGCUAUAUUCGAGUAAUUAUGUUGGAAUUGAGUCAUAUAGCUUCUCACCUAUUAUGGCUGGGACCUUUUAUGGCGGAUAUUGGUGCACAAACCCCUUUCUUCUAUAUUUUUAGAGAAAGAGAAUUAAUAUAUGAUCUAUUCGAAGCUGCGACAGGUAUGAGAAUGAUGCAUAAUUUUUUCCGUAUCGGGGGAGUCGCGGCCGAUCUACCUCAUGGUUGGAUAGAUAAAUGUUUGGAUUUCUGCGAUUAUUUUUUAACAGGGGUUGUUGAAUAUCAAAAACUUAUUACGCGAAAUCCCAUUUUUUUAGAACGGGUUGAGGGAAUAGGCAUUGUUAGUGGAAAGGAAGUAAUUAAUUGGGGUUUAUCAGGACCGAUGCUUCGGGCUUCCGGAAUACAAUGGGAUCUGCGUAAAGUUGAAAAUUAUGAGUGUUAUGGGGAAUUUGAUUGGGACGUUCAAUGGCAAAAAGAAGGAGAUUCAUUAGCUCGUUAUUUAGUUCGAAUUGGUGAAAUGGUGGAAUCCAUAAAAAUUAUUCAACAGGCUUUGGAAGGAAUUCCCGGCGGACCAUAUGAGAAUUUAGAAAUCCGUUACUUUGAUAGGGAAAGGGAACCAGAAUGGAAUGAUUUUGAAUAUCGAUUCAUUAGUAAAAAACCGUCUCCGACUUUUGAAUUGCCGAAACAAGAACUUUAUGUAAGAGUUGAAGCCCCCAAAGGAGAAUUGGGGAUUUUUCUAAUAGGAGAUCAGAAUGGUUUUCCUUGGAGAUGGAAAAUUCGUCCACCCGGUUUUAUCAAUUUGCAAAUUCUUCCUCAAUUAGUUAAAAGAAUGAAAUUGGCCGAUAUUAUGACAAUACUAGGGAUACAAGAUAUCAAUUCUUUUUUCAGAUUGGAAUCUUUAAAGGAGGUCUAUGGAAUUCUAUGGGUAUUUGCCCCUAUCUUUACUCUUGUAUUGGGAAUCACCAUAAGUGUACUAGCAAUUGUAUGGUUAGAAAGAGAAAUAUCCGCAGGUAUACAACAGCGGAUUGGACCUGAAUACGCGGGUCCUUUGGGAGUUCUUCAAGCUCUAGCAGAUGGAACAAAACUACUUUUCAAAGAGAGUCUUAUUCCAUCUAGGGGAGAUACUCGUUUAUUCAGUAUCGGACCAUCCAUAUCAGUUAUAUCCAUUAUAAUAAGCUAUUCGGUAAUUCCUUUUGGAUAUAAUUUUGUUUUAUCCGAUCUCAAUAUCGGUGUUUUUUUAUGGAUUUCUAUUUCGAGUAUUGCUCCGAUUGGACUUCUUAUGUCAGGAUAUGGAUCAAAUAACAAAUAUUCCUUUUUGGGUGGUCUACGAGCAGCUGCUCAAUCGAUUAGUUAUGAAAUACCAUUAACUCUAUGUGUGUUAUCAAUAUCUCUACGUGCGAUUCGUUGAUACAAAAACUUC